GGGAUGAAUUAUAAGGGCAAAAUUAAUCAAAUCACAAUAAAGAUUUCAGCGUUGUUGCGAGGAUUAACUUCCCAUUAUUAUAGAUAUCCGACCUUAGAUUUUAUUUCGUUCAGUUCCCAACUCGUCUUUAACAGAACCUCUUUCUGUCGCAGAAGUCGAGUGGCUUCGCAAGCGAAUGAGCUCUCUCCCUCAGCAAAUGCGGCGACCCUGCAAGGAGUCCUGCAAGGAUGAGUGCGUCACUCUCGAUUCCAGCAGCACGUCCGAGGAGUGCCACGAGAAGGCCAAACAGACUAAGGAAAAGCUCAAGCGAGAGAUCGAGAAUUUGAAGGCCGAAGUCGCCUUCUUGAGUUUCUGGUCUCCGGCCGACCGCCACCACCACCACCUCAGCGGUGGCUCUAUGGCCCCGUUCACCGACGUAGUCUUGGUCGCUGCUAAGGACGGUCCCACAGGAGACCCGUCCACUCCGGUGCCGGCUCAUAGGGCUAUUCUGGCUGGCCGGUCUGCAGUAUUUAAAGCACUGCUCGAGAAUGAGACGGAAGAAAGCCGAAAUGGCACCAUCAAGAUAAGUGAUGUGUCAUACGAUGCCCUCCGAUUAUUUGUUGGCUAUCUCUAUGUCGAAACAUGCCUCGAUGAGCAAAUGGCAUGUGAGCUUCUGGUAUUGGCUGAAAAGUAUCAGGUGGAGCGCCUCAAAGCUUAUUGUGAGAAGUUCCUGGUAUCCAAAUUAAAUUGGGACAACUCACUCAUAUGCUAUGCCUUUGCGCACCAGCAUAAUGCGAACCGUCUGCUUGGGGCUGCCUUGUCCUUAAUCAUGGACAACUUGGAUGGACUCAGAAAUCAUCAAGAAUACUUAGAACUCGUUGAAAAGGAUCCAUGCCUCGUGGUGGAGUUAUAUGAAGCAAUUCUUGCAAAGCAGAAAAAAAAUGCAGCGCCUAAGGAUACUUCUGCGAAACAAUAGUCUUGUCUGGAGAAAGGUACUUCGUAUCCACGAGAAGGGGGCCUUUUUAGUUUUAAUGAUCUUUUUCCUACAGGAAUAGGACAUUCUCAGUUGCAAUAAAGUACCUCGUAUUUUUCCCUUCGCCUUGGGCCAUCUUGCAAUACCUUCUACAGCUUGGCCCGCAGCAGUACCUUGACCAACUCCAGGUCCAAUAGAAGCAAGCCCGACAGCUAACCCAGCAGCAAUAACGGAAGUGGCAGAAAUCAGUGGAGCAUUUUUUUAUUUACUAGUGAAAGCCAUUCUUUAUGUUCGGUACCAUGCAUGUGACUUUCGUUGGUUGAUGUAUGAUAGGGACCAAACUUUGAAAUUUUGCCAUCUGAGCUCAGAGUUUAUUUGUCUCUUUUCUUUAGGUUCUUUUGUUAUUAAAAGAAGUGUUUUAAGCCUGAAAAUCCUGCCUUCUACUUCGUUGAGGAGGCAAUUGUGAUAUAGCGAAGAGAUCCUCUAAUAGACAUGUAGAAGUUAUGUAAGGAAGCAUGAUAUAGGCUGAUGGAAACUUAUUAUCUCGUUGAUGCAAGUGUUUUUCAUUUCAUAGAUCAAA